ACAAUCCAGGCUUACCAGCACCGUCCUCCCCCAACAUCUUCUCCAGCCAAACCUUCAAGCCCCGAUCACUCUAUGGGAUCCCUGUCCGUUCCGAUGGAAAAUUGGCAGCAGGAUUACCCUGCCCUGAAUACUGACCCUUCCGGCGCCGACCAUCUGAAGAUGAUAGAGCACCUCCGCCAAAUAAGGGCGGGGCCGGUGGUUGAGGAACUCGACAUCACUAAGCUGCCCCCAUGGGAUCUCCGCCGGUGCUUCCCCUUAUUGAGCAAGCACUUGCUAGGGACGAGGGCGAAGGAAUGGGAGACACAGCAUGGGCCGUGGAAGUUCAAAACAGGCUCGUUCUCCGUCGUGCUGGGCGGGCACGACAUGUUGUCCGUGGGCGCGAAGAGGACCAUGGAGUUCUACCAAAAUGGUACUGCUACGGAUUGGGCCAUGGAUCAAUACUUCGGGCUGGCACGCAUGAUGGGUCGCCUUGUGAUGGAGGACGAUGUGACGCUUUGCCAUGUAUACCAGCAGAAACGCAAAGGGCCGCUCACUGAAAGAGAGUAUUCAGCUCCCAUGGAAAACCUCGGGGGUAAUUUUGCGAUUGAAGGGUAUGACGUGGAUGCAUUGCUAGCCUGUCUUCCGCCAUCCUUCCAUGAGAACAGGACAAACCAGAAUCACCAAGCGGCAAACAAUCAGGAGGCUGCUGUACUACCGAAGCCAAAGCGCAAAUCAGAUGUUUGGAAUGAUUUCACCGAGAUAUAUGUGAAAGAUCUUGAUGGCAAACUCAAACAAGAGUACGCGAUGUGCAACUUCUGCCACAUGCUGCUAAUAGCUCCAUCAAGUCACGGCACAAACACCCUAUGGAAACACACUGGAUCCUGCCGAUGCAAACGCCAAACCCAGUAGCAACCAACACUGGAUUGUGUGUUGUGCAAUGCUAGACUAGGCUAGAGUAGAUGUGCAGGGAGGGGAACUCUCCCUGUUUUAAAUAUGAAAACAGGACGAGGUUUUCCCCCAGAAAACACAUGACGUACGCAUCUCGACGCGUCCGAGUCCUGCAGUAGACGCGGACGCAUCUAGAUACGGAAUAUUUGAUUUGGGGGUUUUUACUCGUUCGAAAAAAUUUGUACUCGUAUUUUCUU